CAUCCAAUUCAAUCGAUUCUUUCCUGCGCCCAGCUCCGGCUCGGGUCUGUCUCUGAUAGUAUAAAGUCCUUUUAGAGCCCUCCGCCCCAACCAGAACUACUUCUCGACCAACCUCCUCCAGUUCCUUUCCCCUCUUAUAAACCCUUCACCCUUUGUUUAGGAUACUCUUCAUCCUAAAAAGGUUCAGUUUUCCCUUCACUUAUCCGAGUAACCAUCAACUUGGUGGUUCUCUGUGUUGGGUUCCUAUAUCUUCGAGUCGACGACAGACACUUGCCAUCGCCAACCUAUAAUCGACAACUCAAUCGAUAUGGCGACAGCUACUGCUGCGGGCAAGAAUGCCCAGCCAUUCCCUGAUGGCACCAAGGACUAUGUUCCUCUCCGCGCUGGCGGUGCCAAGAAGGAUACCAAUAAGGUCCAUAUUGCCGAUACUCCCAUGACCUGGAGCAACUGGCCUCAGCACAUCAACUGGCUCAACACCACGUUGGUUAUCUUCGUUCCCUUGGCCGGCUUCAUCUCCGCCUAUUGGGUUCCUCUUCAGCUCAAGACUGCCCUUUGGGCUGUCUUCUACUAUGUUCACACUGGUCUCGGCAUCACUGCUGGUUACCACCGACUUUGGUCUCACUCUGCCUACAAGGGCACUACCCCUCUCAAGAUCUAUCUCGCUGCUGUCGGUGCUGGCGCCGUUCAGGGUUCCAUCCGAUGGUGGUCAUAUGGUCAUCGUGUUCACCACCGUUAUACCGAUACCGACAAGGACCCCUACUCCGUUCGCAAGGGUCUCAUGUAUUCCCACAUGGGCUGGAUGAUCCUCAAGCAGAACCCUAAGCGACAGGGUCGUACCGAUAUCACCGAUCUCAACGAGGACGCCGUCGUUGUCUGGCAGCACAAGAACUACAUCAAGUGUGUUCUCUUCAUGGCUCUCGCUUUCCCCGCUCUCGUCGCUGGUCUUGGCUGGGGUGACUGGUGGGGUGGACUCGUCUACGCUGGUAUCCUCCGUGUUUGCUUCGUUCAGCAGGCCACCUUCUGUGUCAACUCUCUUGCUCACUGGCUCGGUGAUCAGCCUUUCGAUGAUCGCAACUCGCCCCGUGACCACGUCAUCACUGCUCUCGUCACCCUUGGUGAGGGUUACCACAACUUCCACCACGAGUUCCCUUCGGAUUACCGCAACGCUAUUGAGUGGUGGCAGUACGAUCCUACCAAGUGGAGCAUCUGGUGCUGGAAGCAGCUUGGUCUUGCUUAUGAGCUGAAGGAGUUCCGUGCCAACGAGAUUGAGAAGGGCCGUGUCCAGCAGCUCCAGAAGAAGCUUGACCAGAAGCGUGCCACACUCGACUGGGGUAUUCCCCUUGAGCAGCUCCCCGUUGUUGACUGGGACGACUUCGUUGCCCAGGCCAAGGCUGGAAAGGGUCUCGUUGCCAUUGCCGGUGUUAUCCACGACGUUACCGACUUCAUCAAGGACCACCCCGGUGGCAAGGCCCUCAUCAACUCCGCCAUCGGAAAGGACGCUACCGCUAUCUUCAACGGUGGUGUCUAUCUCCACUCCAACGCUGCCCACAACCUGCUGUCUACCAUGCGUGUUGGUGUCCUCCGCGGUGGUUGCGAGGUUGAGAUCUGGAAGCGUGCUCAGUUCGAGAACAAGGAUAUUACCUACAUGAAUGACUCUGCCGGUCAGCGCAUCAUCCGUGCUGGCUCUCAGGUCACCAAGAUUGUCCAGCCCGCUGCCAGCGCCGAUGCUGCUUAAGCGGUACAAUCUUAUCUAACGACGAGAAGAGGAGGAGGGAUAAUUGGUCGAUGUGCAAUGUGGAAGGAUACGAAAAUCUUCAUGUCCGUAGAGACAUGUCGUUGAAAGGGUGUGGGGAUACAGUCAGCCACAGAUCACAUGUCAAAACAUGGACUGUAGGCGGGCGCCACACCCAUCCCUGGAGGACGAGAUAAAAGCACAGCACGUUUUUAACGCGAAAUCAUAAAUUCGACUCAUGAAUGGCGUUGGGGGGUUUCUUUGUGUUUUGAGACUACUUAGCUUUUGACGGCUUUGGACAAUACCAUAAGAGAAUGGUUAAACAUGAAAUCAGCGAGUUGCACAACCACCACUUGGUUCUUCAUCAGAUAGUAUGACUACUCGGAAAUACAAUUUUUUGAAUA